GCUCAAGCAAACCAAGACACAGACAGCAAAAAAAAAAACAGAUUUUUUUUCUAUCUCGCUUUACUUGUUUGGGAUACAAUGUGGAAAGCAUUGGUAAUUGCUGUGUGUCUGCUUGUGGCUAGGGUUGGGGCUCAGCCUAUGGAGGAUCCAACGUAUGGGGUGAAGCUCUGUGGCCGAGAGUUUAUUCGAGCAGUCAUCUUCACUUGCGGAGGUUCACGUUGGAAACGGUCGCUUAGAAGUCAAGAUGUUUCAGAAGACCCAUUCACUUCCCAUCAGGAUGAGUCUUCUGAGGGCUUGGCCUCCAACUUUGCAAUUGAAAGCCUCCUUCAAAGAAGUCAAGACCUUAGCUUUACGCCCAAAAACAACCCUGAAGGAGCGUUCAGCAGGUCCACCCGGUCGUUCAUCACCGAUGAAAUUCUGGAAGCUCUGCGCAAAGCCGACCGCAAAGGCCGGGACGUCGUGGUGGGUCUGUCCAAUGCCUGCUGCAAGUGGGGCUGCAGCAAAAGCGAGAUCAGCUCCCUUUGCUGAGGGUUGAUGAAUGCCAUGUGAAUGCAUGUGGUGGCAAAUGUUGUUUUUACACCAUCCCACAAAUAUGCAUGCAUACACACAGAAAUAUGUUCAUUUAAUUUCACGUGUUUGUCAAGAAGUUGAAUCUGUUUGGUGUGUUUUAUAUUUUAACAAUAAGCAAAUAAAAUGUCUUCUGUUUAAUGAUAAAUCACAGGAAAACAUGUAUUUUCUUAUCAUUCCUGGCUAAAUUAUUGUUGCUGCAACUUUUGAGAACUUUAUGUUGUUUUGUUAAACCUAAUAAACAGUCUGAAAUAAGGUCUUACUUAACUUGUACUAAUUAUUUUGCAUACAUUUCAUUAAACAGAAUCUGAUGUAUGAAUCUCAGAUCCACAACAACAACAUUGUGUCAUGAAACUAUAAAAAGCCUUACUCACAAA